AGCCACGCCCCUGCAGGGGUAGCACCGCAUCAGUUCUGCGGCUCUAUACGGGACACGACGCAGAAAACGAGAGAGGGAAAAGCAGACAGGAAAGAAAAGAAAGACUGACAGUGGUGCCAAGAGCGACAGAAUAGAAACAGGCGGAGAGAGAGAGAAGGGUCGAGUGCUUUGAGAGACGGGAGUGAUGACAGCGGCGGUGUUUUGCGGGGCUUUGCUGAUGCUGGCUCUGGCCUCGGGCGGGGAUGCUGCGGAGGAAGGAGGAAUCUCGUUUGAGUACCACCGAUACGAGGAGAUGCGGAAAGCGCUGGUGUCCGUGUGGCUGCAGUGCCCCUCCAUCACCCGCAUCUACACGGUGGGGGAGAGUUACGAGGGCCGAGAGCUUCUGGUGCUGGAGAUGAGCGACAACCCUGGGAUCCACGAGCCUGGUGAGCCGGAGUUUAAGUACAUUGGGAACAUGCACGGUAAUGAGGCCGUGGGCAGAGAGCUGCUCAUCUAUCUGGCUCAGUAUCUCUGUAAUGAGUACCAGGAGGGCAACGACACCAUCAUCGACCUGAUCCACUCCACACGCAUUCACAUCAUGCCCUCCAUGAAUCCUGACGGCUUUGAGAAAGCAGCCUCACAGGUAAACACACACACCUUACACAAGAAGAAGAAUAUAAAAAGAAUAUCAACAGAAUGCAGUUCAGUAUCUCUUCAUAAACUGUUGAUGAUGAAGAGAAUCGCAUUUAGAACUGUAAAACAAGACAGACGACCAUAUUCUGCUAAGUACAUACACGUUUGGAACAAAUUAAAAUUUUUGAAGGGGAUUGAUCUGAACCGGAACUUUCCAGAUCUUGAUCGCAUCGUCUACAUGAAUGAAAAAGAGGGUGGAUCUAACAACCAUCUCCUGAAAAACAUGAAGAAAGCUGUGGAUGAAAACACCAAGCUGGCACCAGAAACAAAGGCUGUCAUUCACUGGAUUAUGGAUAUUCCAUUUGUCUUGUCAGCCAAUCUGCAUGGAGGAGACGUGGUGGCCAAUUACCCAUAUGAUGAGACACGCAGUGGUUCUACUCAUGAAUAUAGUGCUAGUCCAGAUGAUCUGGUGUUUAAGACUUUGGCUAAGGCCUACUCCAGCUAUAACCCAGUGAUGUCCGACCCAAACCGGCCGGCAUGCCGCAAGAAUGAUGAUGACUCCAGCUUCAAAGAGGGCAUCACUAACGGAGGAGCCUGGUACAGUGUGCCUGGAGGUAUGCAGGACUUUAACUAUCUUAGCAGCAAUUGUUUUGAGAUCACUCUGGAGCUGAGCUGUGAUAAGUUUCCUCCUGAGGACGCACUCAAGCAGUACUGGGACCAGAACCGUAACUCACUGGUCAACUACAUAGAGCAGGUUCACAGAGGAGUGGCGGGAUUUGUUCGUGAUCUCCAAGGAAACCCCAUCUCAAACACUUCUAUUUCCGUUGAAGGAAUUGACCACGAUAUCACCACAGCUAAGGAUGGCGAUUACUGGCGCUUGUUGGGUCCUGGUAACUACAAAGUGUCAGCAUCUGCUCCUGGGUACCUCACUGUGGUCAAGAAAGUCGCUGUUUCGCAUAGCCCUGCCACACGGCUGGAUUUUGAGCUGGAAUCGCUGGAAGAGAGGAAGGAGGAAGAGAAGGAGGAGCUCAUGGAUUGGUGGAAGAUGAUGUCAGAGACACUCAACUUCUAACUUACCUGAGGCGGGGGCCAUCACAAGCAUUAUGGGUGUAAAAUAUUUAUUGUUGCUGUAUGUGUGUGCUCAUCAACUUAAAAUAGCAUAAUUCAGUUUAUUGGUUUGUUUUGAUCGUUUUGCAUUAGAGGUACUGCAUUUUACCAUUUAUAACAGCCAUAUGUACAUUAAGCCAUUCAUACAUGUUAACAAAGACAGCCAGUGUUAAAGCUGGUCUAAAUAUUUGCAUAUAUGGUUAUCCUUGUAAAUAUGGAUGAAUAUAUGUAUCUCCACUAAGUGAAAUGCUAUGUAGGUCUGGUGAAGUGCCCCUAAAGU